AUGGCUGCCCACUCUAACAAUCUGCCGCCGGUCCCCGUCCAUCGCACGCUGGUGGUUCGGACGGCCGUUCAGUCGACUGCGCAGGAGCGAGAGCACAUCUUGAAGGAAGUCGAGUACAAUGUAUUCGCAUUCCCCGCAGAAAUGGUGUAUUGCGACUUCCUCUCCGACUCGGGAACCUCUGCUAUGACAGAUGUUCAGUGGGCUGCCUUGCUGCGCGGUGACGAAUCCUACGGACGCAACGCCGGGUACUAUUGUCUGCAGGACGCCUUUCGGGAUAUUUUCGAGAGGGGACAUGAUCGUAGAUAUCUGUUUCGUCAUGUCAUGGCCGGCACCGUCGACAGUCAACUAUAUUGCAACACAUUGCUGCAGCCGAGCCAGGGGGGAUUUGUCAAUGGAGGACAUGUCCAGCUCGCCCGCCCCAAUUUCUACAUUGUGCCGCAGGGAGGUUGCGCCGAGGCGAUUCUCUUCUCAGAGCUGAUGAAUUCGUCCUCGUCCAACGAUGCCUCGGUCGCGCCCGUUAUUAUCAGUAACGGCUUCUUUGAUACGACUGCGACCAACGCGGCUGCCGCUGGCUUCGAGCUGGCAACCUUUCUUCAGCCCGGUCUCCGCGAACCGUUAGAUCCUAAUGAGGCAUCCAGCCAUAAUCCAUUCAAAGGCAAUCUGGACCUGCUGGCAACUCGCAACUUUCUAGCCAAAAACCACCAUCGAACAGCGCUCAUACUCAUCACCAUCACCAACAAUUUCGCCACGGCACAGCCCGUGUCCAUGGCCAACAUACGCGCCGCAGCGUCGCUGGCCAAGGGCUUCAAUAUUCCAUGUUUUUUCGAUGCUUGCCGCUUUGCUGAGAAUGCUAGGCUCAUACAAGAAUUCGAGCCGGGGUAUGAUGCCUGUUCCAUUGCCGAAAUUGUCAAAGAGAUGUUCAGUCUCGUAGACGGUUUUACUAUCAGUCUUAAAAAGGACGGCAUGUCCAACAUGGGCGGUGCCCUUGCUAUUCGCGACAAUGGCUGCCUGAUGAAGAAGUCUCAAGAUAUAGGCGUUCGGCUCAAAGAACGGCAAAUUCUAGCUUAUGGAAACGACUCCUACGGCGGGAUGAGAGGCCAUGACCUGAUGGCUGCAGCUGCAGGCCUGUACGAGACCACCAAAGAGUCUUAUUUGAGGAGCAGCAUCGGGCAGGUAAGAUCUUUUGCGCAGAAACUCCAUUCUGCCGGAGUACCGAUACUGUGGCCGCCAGGAGGACAUGCCAUAUAUCUGGACAUGAAUGCAUUCUUUGCCGACUGUCCGCGGUCGCCGGGUGACUUUGCCUCUGUGGGAUUCACCAUUGAGCUUCUACGCCAGCAUGGAAUUCGAGCCGUCGAGGCUGGACCAUUUGCUUGGGAAUGGGACAAGAAGCAGUCUGAAGAGGAGCGAGACGCCAUUCCUGACCUGGUCCGCUUUGCGGUUCCCCGGAAUUCGAUGAAUGACGGCCAUAUUGACUACACCGUGGCGGCCAUUCACGAGCUAUAUCAACAGCGUCAUAUUCUUCCCAACGUGAGAAUUAUUAGGGGCAAGCAUCUUCGUAUCCGCCACUUCCAGUGCGGAUUUGCUCUUGUCCCUGCAAGUAGGAGCAAUGGGAGCCAGUCUGCAACGAAUAAUACUUUUUUUUCGGCGGCUGAAGCUCAAAUCAGAGCACUCGGUCGUUCUCUCUCGUUCAAUGACGAUUUAGUAGAAGUUUUAGUCCGAGAAAUGCAACUCGCAAUGGGCGCCUGGGGAGAAAGUGCUGUCAGCAAAUCCACCAACGGGCACAUCUCUCAUGUGGGAAAUGACCAUGCCCCUAUUGAAUACUCUAUCUCUUUUGAUGUUAAUACCGGAACGCCCCAGCUUCGAUUCUUGAUUGAAGCGCAGCCGCCGGAGGACGUGGCCAAAGUGAAGCUAGCAGAUCUUCAAUUAGCCGCUUUGGAGUUGAACCGUACUUUGCGCCAGCGGCAGGAUGACGCACUUUCAUUCACACGGUUCGAUAUGAUAAAAGACUUGUUCAUUCCGGAAACAAAUGAUGCGCAAAAUGUUUCAGGCUUCGCUGCUUGGCACAGUGCUUGCGUUUCGCCUGGCAGUAAACGCGCGGAUUGGAAAAUUUACCUCAAUCCGGACGCCCAGGGAGCAUCACAACGCGAAAGACUCAUCCGAGCAUCACUUACCCGUCUGGGAUUUGAGCAGGUUUCUGAGCGACUCAGCCUGGCAAUGGGGCCAACAGAUCGGUUCUGCUAUUUCUCUCUAGAUCUCGACAAAGGAUGGGACGCUCGCAUCAAGAUAUACAUUGAGCAUCCGAAUGCUACCGCUCAAAGUGUUGCCAACAUGAUUCAAAAGGUUUGCUUGCACUUGAAAGCAGACAAUCGAGAUGAAAUUGUUGCCUUCGUACGCGCCAUGAGCGGCAACACAUCAGGUCCCUUGCAGCGCAAGUCGGUUGUGACUUGCUUCGCCUUCACGACAGAUCGCACAGAACCAUCCGCCACUGUUCAUUUCCCCGUCUCUGAUUAUGCACGCAACGAUGCUGAGAUACAUUGCAGAGUUGUCGAGUACUGUUCAAACAAGGCUCCCAUGGUGCUGCCGCAUUAUGUGCGAUCAAUCGUAGCCUUGAGGCAGCGUUCGCUGUCCGAUGGGAAAGGUCUGCAUAGCUGGGUGUCGUUGAAACAGAGUCCAGGUGGCAGCCUUGGGCUGACUUUCUACCUAUCGGCUGAGUUGUUUGGACCCUUGCCAGAUUUGGAGCAGUAG